UUUAUUGUUUCAUAACAACCUUCUACUUAUGAAUUUUUCCAUUUGUCAGCUUAACUUUCAAGACCUGACCUCUGUAGAUACUCUCCAUCUGUCUCACAAAAAGCCUUUUCAAACAAGCAAAACCCAAACGAGUAAACGUCUCAAAGGCCAGCGCGUUACCGGAAAAUUUCCUAGUCAGUGUUUACUUCCAAUGGAGGAUCAUCUUCAGAUUUCUCCGGCCGGGGCAAAAACAAGUCCAGGGAAAGAGCAACAAGCCGCUGGAGUAGGCAUACUUCUUCAGAUCAUGAUGCUUGUACUCUCAUUUGUGCUUGGUCAUGUCCUUCGUCGUCAUCGCUUUUAUUAUAUUCCUGAAGCCAGUGCCUCUCUUUUAAUUGGUUUGAUUGUAGGAGGAUUGGCUAAUAUAUCAAAUACAGAAACAAGCAUUAGGGCAUGGUUUAACUUCCAUGAAGAGUUCUUCUUUCUCUUUUUAUUGCCACCGAUCAUAUUUCAGUCAGGAUUUAGUCUAUCACCUAAACCGUUCUUUUCAAACUUUGGAGCAAUUAUCACUUUUGCUAUUUUAGGAACUUUCAUUGCUUCUAUUGUCACAGGCAUUCUGGUUUACCUUGGUGGAGUUACGUAUCUCAUGUACAAACUUCCAUUUGUCGAGUGUCUGAUGUUUGGUGCUCUUAUAUCGGCAAGUGAUCCUGUCACUGUUCUGUCUAUUUUCCAGGAGCUUGGCACAGAUGUGAACCUAUAUGCUUUAGUGUUUGGGGAAUCUGUUUUAAAUGAUGCAAUGGCAAUUUCGUUGUACAGGACAAUGUCAUUGGUCAGAAGCAACAUGUCAACCGGUCAAAAUUACUUCAUGAUAACUGUCCGGUUUUUUGAAACUUUUAUGGGCUCCUUGUCAGCUGGUGUUGGAGUUGGAUUUGUUUCUGCUUUGCUUUUCAAAUAUGCUGGCUUGGAUAUUGACAAUCUUCAGAACUUGGAGAGCUGUUUGUUUGUCCUCUUUCCAUAUUUCUCAUAUAUGCUGGCAGAAGGACUUGGUCUCUCUGGCAUAGUGUCUAUAUUGUUCACUGGAGUCGUUAUGAAGCGCUAUACGUACUCAAAUCUAUCAGAAAGUUCACAGCGAUUUGUGUCGGCAUUCUUUCAUCUGAUAUCAUCAUUGGCUGAAACCUUUGUAUUUAUAUAUAUGGGAUUUGAUAUCGCAAUGGAAAAACAUAGCUGGUCCCAUGUUGGAUUUAUUUUUUUCUCAAUUUUGUUCAUUGUGAUUGCAAGGGCUGCCAAUGUGUUUGGUUGUGCAUAUUUGGUGAAUCUUGUACGACCUCCACACCGGAAGAUCCCAGCAAACCAUCAAAAAGCACUCUGGUACAGUGGUCUUCGAGGCGCUAUGGCUUUUGCCCUUGCUUUGCAGUCAGUCCAUGAUCUUCCUGAAGGACAUGGUCAGACAAUAUUCACUGCUACCACUGCCAUUGUUGUAUUAACGGUUUUGAUUAUUGGAGGAUCAACAGGAACCAUGUUAGAAGCCUUGGAAGUUGUGGGUGAUGGUCAUACUGGCUCCUUGGGUGAAACCUUUGAGGGGAACAAUGGAUAUAUAGCUCCUUCUUAUAGUGAUGAAUCUUAUGAUGGUGAAUCGUCAUCAGGGAACAGGUUCAGGAUGAAACUUAAGGAGUUCCACAAAAGCACGACUUCAUUUUCAGCACUGGACAAAAACUACCUCACUCCAUUCUUUACUACUCAAGGUGGAGAUGAAGAUGAAGAUGAGCCAAUUAUGCACAGCUCCAGAAGGGGUGUUUAUGAUGGCCACAACUGACUUUCAAAGACCACAGUCAAAUUUCCAGAUAACAAGACUCGUACAAACUACUUUUUGCUGCAAAGAUAAAAUCAACUUCAAGCAUACUCUGCAGACCAAUGGGGAUGAGUGGCUUGUUGAUUGUAAUUAUGCAUCAAUUAUGACGAAAAAGUUUAGAUUCUUUAGGGGUACAAAAAGAAAUAAUAGAUGGUAUCAGUAUAGGAAGUUCAGGAUUAAGCAUACAUAGCAGAGCAAAGCUCCUCAUAUAUUGUAUAUGAAUAUGAAUAUUCAAGCCAGGAUUAGGACCGGAAAAAGGAUUCCAUUGAGAGUGGCUUGUAUGUGCUGAAAUAGCUAUACUAUUCGUUCAUCUUUAAAUUUUACAGGUUAAUGCAGGUCUAAAAAUGUUUUAUCUCUAA